AAUGUAGCAAUUAUUCAAAAAUGCCAGUCGAAAAUGCAAUAAAGUUGUUAUUAGCGGUAUGGAAGAUUUGCAAUUCGGUAGAGAGAAAAAUCGAGAGUACUCUACCAUUGUAUCUUUAGAGCCUUUCGCUCAUCAAGUUGGCGGACAUUCGACUCUACAACUGUUGGAUAAGUUCACUGUUUGUAAGCCAUUGUUUACCAAAGAACUUCGAUUUUAUCAAGAUGCAAAUCCUCUAUUUAAACCUUUCCUACCGGAAUUUAAAGGUGUCGCCAGAGUGCGAAAUGUCUAUGGCAAAGACAGUGGCGAGGGCCUAUGGGAAAUGGUAAAUUCUAAUGAAGACGUAAAUCGUCAUUGUUAUCGCUACGGAAAGCACUGUACCUCAUGCACUUGUAUUGGCAAUAGUGAACGAACAGGAAAACGCAUCUCCAAUAAAGGCGUUGACAACAGAAUUUCCGAAAAUUUUUAUCGUGCUGCUGUCAGUAAAGACAAAGAUAAGAAUGAGGAUGACUCGUCAUUAGAAUAUCUUCUUCUGGAAAAUGUCGUCGGUCGUUACAAAUAUCCUUGUAUUCUUGAUCUAAAAAUGGGGACUGAGAAACAUAGGGAUUACGUCAUCAGUCAAGAGGAGCAAAGUCUUCGCCAAGCAAGAUGGGAUAAAACGACAUCAAAAAGUCUUGGUGUACGAUUGUGUGGUAUGAAAGUUUAUCAUGUGAAUGAAGAUCGCUUUCUAGUGGUGAGCGAUGGACGAACUCUAACCGUCGACGGCUUUAAGGAUGCUAUAAAACAAUUUCUCUUUAACGGUGAACAAUUUCGCUCUGAUAUUAUUGAGCCGUACUUGAUUACGCUUAGAAAACUACUUUAUAUAAUGGAACGUCAGUCGGCGUACAGAUUUUUCAAUUCAUCGCUGUUGCUCAUGUAUGAAGGCGAUAAGUUGCGAGAGGAGCCCCACAGGACUGUCGUCGGCAGCAGGAACAAUGAGUCUAAUGAUCAUGUGACAAAAGAUUAUGAAAGCUUUGCAAACGUUAGCGUUCGCAUGAUUGACUUUGCACACGUGCAGUGCAACACGCAAAACAUGAAUUCAGAAUUUCCGCAGGUAGUCGACGAGAGCUAUUUAUUCGGACUAAGAUCUGUGAUAAAAAUUUUAGAAGAUAUUUUGCAAGAACUUUGUGUAAGCACUUGAAAAAUUCUUCAUAAUGAUGUUGUAGCUAUAUUUAUCCGUAUUAUUUAUUACAUACAUGAACAAAUACGCAAUUUUCCUGAUGAGGCAGAUUCAGUGCAAGGAAAACCCAGCGAUGUCGACUUGGGUCGAAAAUUAAGAAAACAGCAGAUUGUUCUAUAAAAUAGACGACGAGUCAUACGUAAUGUUAGGAAAAUAUAAACUGAACCCACCGAUGAUUGAAAUUGGAAAGAUUGUAGUUUGGAAAAGAUGGCCAGACUAACGUUUAUCUAUUUCUGGACAUUUUCCCAUGACAUGCAAAAAAGUUUUUAUGAAAAUUCGAAAGCUCCGAAGAAAUUAAAUAAUUGUGUCUUUAAUUAUAUGUCACAAUGUGUCAGGUCUAUUUCUUAAACAAACGUGCAUAUACGCGGUAUUGUUUUAAUACAUAAAAGUUGUAUUUCUUACAAAAA